UUAAACUUUCUACUGACACUUUAUCAUAUAACUAAAUCUUUAAAUGCUCAUCUGACUGGAACUUCACGGUUGAAUGGAACCAUUAAAGUUAUCUGACAAGUUUCUUCACAAAGAUCUUAUUUUGGAAAAAUUCCCUAUAAAAAAAUCUAUUUUCUCUGUUCUAUUUAACUAGCUGUCUGAUUAAUUCAGUUUUCUAGACUAUUAUUAGGAGGGAGUUGAUGUUUCGAAUACUACAGGAUCUAAUAUCCCUGUAACUUCCAGAAGAUCCCUUUAUUAGUUCCCCUGUGAUGUUAAUAGGUUCUAGUUCCAUCAUCAACUUCCUCUAAAGCUUCAGCUUAAUCCUCAUAUACUCUGCUGUUAUAACCUCUAUAAAUGUUCUCUUAUUCUUGAUAUUGGCUUUAUAAUAUUUAAAGUAACACUAGAAUCUUGGUACUUGACCUUGUGGUCGCCUUCUUCAACAUUUCAAGUUGAGUCAAGGUUCUAUUUUACUUUCACCAAAUAAUCUUACUUUUAAGUCCCCCCCCCCCCAUAAAAAGUAAUUGGGCCUGUACAUUUAUAUCCCUAACUUGUGAUUCUGGCUGAUUCAGUAACUUAACAGAAUAGUGGAACCUCCCCCCUUAGUUCAAACAAAGUCAAUUGUAUGUAUCCCCCUUUGUCACACAAUUGCGGGGUCAUACUUACACUGUUGUUUCUGAAACCCCUUUACAAUGUCCAGUCCAGGUAAUGAUUAUAAAUUACUUUAUUUCCUCAUCUGUUGUUUCUAUAAACUUGAUCUCUUAACUUGUACACUGUUACAAAUGAAGUUAACUAACGUAAAACAAAUUAACUUCCACAACAGUUGGUAGUAACAUGUUUUAUUUCUAAGUAGGAAAGUCGGCAAUACUUAGUGGUUCAUUCUGUCUUCAAAAACUCCUACCUAUUUACGAUCUUUUAACUCGCUGUCUAACCAAACUAAUGACGCUUCACCGAACGUGAUAUGUAUAAUCUACGUUCGAAUAUACUAGAAAACUUGACGUCACGUCUAUAGAACUUUCUAGGCGUUUUCAUCUCUAUGUUAGUAUUAAAACCGCAGCUCCCUCUAGCCAAAGUUUAAAAUACAACAUAUAGCUUACAAACAAUAUAUUAAGUCAUAUCCUUGCUUGCGUUCAGCCAGUGAGAUUUAAUCGUAUUCUUCGAUCCCGACUCACUCGCAAUAGACAACUUGGUAAAUUUGUAGAGGCGCCAUCUAUUUGGAUAGAUCGUGUAAACAAGAAAAUGGCGGAAGGAAACGCGUCUGAUGCUGAAAGUUAUGUAAAGCAUGACCACCUGGAAGUGGAAAGAGCGAAACUGGAACACAAGAUAAGGCUAGAACAUUGGAUGGAAAAUCUGCCCGAACAUCUGCAUUACCUUCCUCUGUAUUGUCUGGCUAUUCCAGGUACUCAUGAAUCUGGAAGCUACUCCAUUGAACCACAUUCCGAGUUUAGCCCAGAAGAACAUGACCGAAGAAAGUCAAGAAUGCUGCAUCUCGUAGGAAAUACUACCAAGAAAGUUAUUUAUAACUGGAGGCGAACACAAGACCUAACUUGUCUGAAACAGCUUCUUCAUGGGGUUCGCUACUUGAGUUUUGCAGUUGCACCAAAAGAAGGUUCUUCAGAAAUCUUUAUUGUCUGUGGGUUGUUUGGAAAUCCUGUUUCUUCGAUCUUGGCAGACAUUAAAGAAUUUAUGGAUUCCCACCCAAAGGAAAUCAUUCUGAUUGAUUUUGAACAUUUUUUUGAAAUGACCAGUAAUCACCACCAACAGCUCAUGAAACAGGUGACCGAGGCAUUUGGCUCUAAGGUGUGUCCAUACCCUGAAGAUCCUGAAGAGGUGACCCUGGCCUGGUUGUGGCAACAGGAGUACCAGAUUCUUAUCUUCUACCGGCAUGAGAUAGCCAAGGAUCACCCAUUCCUCUGGGUAGAUUGUAUUGAAGGUGCUUCUGCUGAAGCUCUGCAUAUUUCUGAUCUCAUCUUUUUUCUUUCCCAAAAUUACUUGCGAGAAAGAAAUGAAAAAACCUUCUAUGUUUCCAAGGGUCAUUUAACACCAACUGUGGCCUUCACCCUGAGACAUCCUCGAAGCUGUCUUCAAGAUAUGCUAGUCAAUACAACUCAUGCAGCUCUCUAUCAAUGGCUGAAGGAAAAGACUGCAGGAAAAUAUGGUGUGAAUAUUGUCACUUGCGAUUUUGUAGAAUCUCACAAGUUUCACUUCUGUUUCAUGGUGGUUGAAGUGAAUUAUUAUGAAUUGAUGGUUGCAGAACAUGAUAAGAAGAAGAAGAUGCAUGGUCGUAAAACAUAGACUUGCUUUGUUCCACUUCUUUUUAUAAUUCUCUGAUGGUUUUUCUUGUUUUUAGUACUGUGUAAUGAACGUGCUUAUAUGAUAAGGUUUUGAUGCCUAAAUCUUGUGAGGUCUACAGAGCACAAACUAUAGAAUUUUUCUUGAGUAUUUGUUCAUUAUGUUAUUUUUUUUUUACAGAGCACUAUUUUUUUUUAGAACCAGUAUUUUCAAAUACAUAAUUUUCACAAACUGAAAUGUAUAUACUGAUGCUUCUUUAGUUAACUGAAUGAAAUUUGUUAACAUUACGUUUUUGUUUUUUGGAAUGUAAAGCUAACAGCAUUUUUUACCUGUGGCUACACGAACCACAUUAAGAUAUAUUUUUGGAAUGUAGAAGUGAUAUCAAUUAGUUUACUCAAAAGUUCUGGAACCAGCCAAAAUUUCAUAAUGAGCUUGUUGGAAAAAACAAACACUACUAUCUAAUCAUCUAGACAGUUUUACCAAAACUACGCACACAUUGAUUCCCACCAAGAUAGUUUUAAGUUACUAAGUUUAUAAGAUUAAUAUGUGAUUUGUGUAGUUUGUACUAGCUUUAUGGGUGUUUUCAUUGAUGUAUUAAAACCAGUUUUUCUUGGUACAUACGUGAAUAUCAGUAAUAAUGUUAAAUUGUUAUUUUGAUCUAAACAUUUCACAAAAGUAGCAGCUUUUAUCAAACUUAAAACUUAGAAUCUCUUCAUUCUGUUUUCAGUUUUUCACUUUAACUUUUUAUUUUUGUAUGUUAAGGCUGAUUUUUUAAACUACUUGUUAUAUUUGUAUGUUAUUUGAAAGUUUAUUUUGUGUUUGUACAAAGUGCACUUUUUGAGUAGUUUCACAUCAAAUGCACUAGUUGUCUUGCCAUUUCCGCUGGUGAGAAAUUGAUUAACUUAUAAAAUUCUCUGUGAUAUAUAUUUUUUAAAUAUUUAUUUAUUUAUGUAAAUUUAUUGUUGGUAUUCUUAGUUUAACUUAUUAGUAGCUUAGGUAUAUUUAUAUAUGGAAAUUGUUACAUCAAGUUUAAUAAUGGCUGGAGACGGCUUGAAUGGGUAA